GUCUUGCUGGAAGAAUUGGGAAAAAACCAGUCUUGGUCUGUCCAGGUGGCAAAUCAGCUGGACUGGAGCACGUCCCUAGUGUCUUCCAUAGUCUAGAUAUCAGAAAAAUUUCGAUCAAAAACGUGUCUGAAGCUCACACUCUUACGCCAUUUGCCUUUAGUCCAUCCGUUCGUGUCAUGUGAUUCGAUUCGAAACUUUGGCUCACGAAAAAAAAGAAACUUUAAUCGCGAAAACGUCAAAACGAGUGGGCGACUUUAAUCCAUUUCGAGAUGAAGGUAUCGACGCAAUCGUAUUUGACGCUGGCCGUCCUCUUGCCCGUCAUCCUCCUCAUCCACCCUUACAUCGCAGCCAAGGAGACUAACAGCAAGAAAAAUUUGCUGGCCGAAGAUCAUUUCCAUCUCGGUGCCGACUUUGAGGCCGAAUUCAGCUCGAUGGAGAAUCAAAUCGCAGUGAUGGCCAUCAACAACACGUCAUCCGCUAACAGCACAGGCACGAUUUCACAGACAGUUCAGGAAGAAGAAGGUGUUAAUGACGGGAAUACCGUUAGCUUUAUAAACACGGGAUCGGACGAAACGGCUGUCGUCGUUGGACACGGGCGACAGUACGGCGACGGUGGCUACCACCACGCCAGCCCAGUUCAUAUCGAUUUCAGUCCGAUAUUCUUGGCUAUCGUUCCGAUCGCUUUGUUCUUGGGCGCAGCGGCAGCCUUCGCUUUGGCGACGGCGUCUUCGUCCAGUUCGUCGGCUGCGGCCGCUGCCCAGCAGCAGCAGCAGCAGCAGGAGGCGGCCAACAACAACAACAACGCAAACAACAACGCAAACAACAACAACAACGCCAUCCUGGCCGCUCUGUUCGCCGCAAUCAUCAACAACAAGGGCAGUCACGCUAAAGCUCACAAGACCAUCAUCUACGCCUACAACGUGACCAAAGUUCACGAUUGGCGUCGAUCCAUGGGCGACAGCUAUCAGUUUUCUUUGCCGCAAAUCAAACCGCUGUCCAGUCACUUCCACCGACGUCGCAAAUAUGUCAAAGAAGAACCUUAAAUUGUGUACCGUAGCUGUUUGCGUGUAUAUUUUUCUUAAUUUUAUUAUUUGUGGAUUUGGUUUGAGUUUAACGAGAAAUGUAAAACAUUUAAAAUGAACAGGAAAUGUAAUUAAUAAUAACAAGA